UGAAGAGACAGCAAAAGACGAGAAGGCACCUGUGAAAGAGAAGUACGUUGCAAAAGCGAAGGCAAUCCCUUCUCUUGGAAACAAGAAUAGAUUCCACCCCUAUUCAAAGGACAAGAAUGCAGGCACUGGAGAGAAGAAGGCUAUUAAUCGUAAUAGAGUUUUUAUUAGCAACAUCCCAUAUGACAUGAAAUGGCAAGCUAUUAAAGAUCUCAUGAGAGAGAAAGUUGGUGAGGUUACAUACGUGGAGCUGUUUAAGGAUGCUGAAGGAAAAUCAAGGGGUUGUGGUGUGGUGGAAUUCAAAGAUGAAGAGUUUGUUAAGAAAGCAUUAGAAACUAUGAACAAAUAUGAUCUCAGUGGAAGACCCCUGAAUAUUAAAGAGGAUCCUGAGGGUGAACAUGCUCGUAGGGCAUUACAGCGUGGAGGACAGUUUCCAGGAGGACAUGGACCUGAUGUGACACCUGGAAUAAUGAAUUUACCACCUUCUAUUCUCAAUAAUCCAAACAUUCCUCCUGAGGUUAUCAGUAACUUGCAGGCAGGCAGGCUUGGGUCCACUAUUUUUGUUGCUAAUCUUGACUUUAAAGUUGGCUGGAAGAAACUGAAGGAGGUCUUCAGCAUUGCUGGAACUGUAAAGCGUGCAGAUAUCAAAGAAGAUAAAGAUGGCAAGAGUCGAGGAAUGGGAACAGUUACCUUUGAACAAGCAAUUGAAGCUGUUCAAGCGAUAUCUAUGUUCAAUGGACAGUUCCUGUUUGAUAGACCCAUGCAUGUAAAAAUGGAUGACAAAUCAGUUCCUCAUGAAGAUUUCCGUGGUGCGGACAGCAAAGCUUCACAAUUACCUCGUGGUCUUGGUGGCAUUGGUAUGGGACUUGGACCAGGCGGACAGCCCAUCAGUGCAACACAGUUGAGCAUGGGUGGUGCAAUGGGGAGCAUGGGUCCAGGAGGUAUGGGAAUAGAUGGUCCUGCAUUUGGCGGAAUGAAUAGAAUGGGAGGCGGACUUGCUGGAUUUCGUGGAAUGGAAGGAAUGCCUAAUGUGGGAGGAUUUGGAGUCAACCGAAUGGGAGAAAUGUUCCGUGGUGGAAUAGGAGGAAACAUGGACAGAGACUUUGGUCGUAGUGACAUGGCAUUGAACCGUGGUUUCGGAGAUUCUUUUGGAAGGAUGGGUGGUGCAAUGAUUGGUGUUUUUGCAGGAGGAAUGGGAGCGCCUGGCAUGGGCCCAGUAAGAUCUGGAAUGAGUGGUGGAAUGGGUGGCAUGAACAGUAUGGCUGGAGGAAUGGGAAUGGGGAUGGAUCGGAUGAGUUCUGGUUUUGAUCGAAUGGGACCAGCCAUGGGUGGAGGCCUAGACAGGAACAUCGAUAUUGAUCGAGGAUUUGUGCCUGGCCCGAUGGGAAGUGGCAUGAGAGAGAGACUAGGCUCUAAAGGCAACCAGAUAUUUGUGAGAAAUCUUCCUUUUGACUUGACCUGGCAGAAGUUAAAGGAGAAAUUCAGUCAGUGCGGUCAUGUAAUGUUUGCAGAAAUAAAAAUGGAGAAUGGAAAAUCAAAGGGCUGUGGAACAGUCAGAUUUGACUCACCAGAAUCUGCUGAAAAGGCCUGUAGGAUAAUGAACGGCAUAAAAAUCAGUGGCAGAGAAAUUGAUGUACGCUUGGAUCGCAAUGCAUAAUUUAAAACUGUGUGUUCAGGAACAUUCCUAUGUUUGUUUAGCUUCUCUAUCCUAGUAAGUCAUUUUUAGUAACAUUGUAUGCUUACAAAAGCUGUAAAAAGGAACUUUUAAAUCCCACCAGCCUUUAACAGUAUAGUGUUUAAUAUACUGUGAUACUUGUUAACUGAAUCUUACUAUGUUUGGUUUUUAAAGACAAUUUGCCUGAUUUUUGUUGUUUUUUUUUAGAGGCUCUGAGCACCUGCAGGUCCCUGUAGGCCAUGGAAGCUUUGGAUGCUCAGGGCCUUUGGAAAAUUAGGCCAAGUGUCUCUAGUCAUUCAGUUUAAAUGAAUGGUUAUACUGUUUUUAAUAAAAUAAGCCAUUUUCUCUGUUAAUCUCAAGAUUGCAUAGUGGGAUUUGUUUAGUGUUUUCUGAUAUUCCCCCCCCUUCAGCGUGUAUCAACAUUGUAAUGUAAAAACUAGAUGUCUCUUUUUCAGAAUUUUGGUUUUGUAUGUGCAUUGUGGUCAUACUGUAAUUCUUGACUCUAAAAGAAAGGGCUCCAAUUAGGCUGUGAUGUUUUCGUUCUACUUAAUAUUACUUUAAUGACAUGACUUAGUUCUGUAAAUAAGAUUUAGAGCCCAAUAGGAGUUUUGAAUUUUUUUUUUUUUAUUUUGACUAAAUGAAGAAACUGAUCUUUCUCUCCUGCUUUUAUUUUUUCCAUCAGUAUAAUCACUGAUUAAAACUAGGUACCACAGACCCUUGUAGGAUUGUUCCCUAUGAUGCCAAGUUCAUAUAAAAUUGAUAAUAUAGUAAAUACUAAGUACAGUACAAGACAUAUUGCUCCAAAUUUUUUAUCUAUUUUCCAGCCAUUCAGGUGAACUGCCAGAAAAACAAAAACAAUGGAACACAUAAGAGAAAUGGCUGUAUAUGUCAAACCAUUGCUGUUCACUUCUAUGGGUCCUGAUGUAUUGAUGAAGGCAGUUUUUAUAAACCAGGGUAUUCCCAAACAGAGCAUAUCAAAUACAUUGGAUCCUACAAUGUUAGACAUAGCCAUAUCUCCAUUUCCUGUAAAAGAAGAAAUACAAAUAAGUCUGCUUAAUUGUAUUGUAUGAAAUUGCCAAACUGUUUUGGAGGAACAGACUGUCAGCCCUCAGUUUUUCACAGAGCACCCUUUUCAGACUUUUCAUUGAAAGAGCUAUAGUCAUGAUUCUACAGAACAUGGUUGUGCAUACCACAAGCAUAAAAAAGAGUGUCCCUAAAUCACCAGCAUCUGCACAGUUGCACUUAAAAUAAGCUAGACAGGCUAUUGUAAAAUCCAGUCAUGUCUAAAAUACCAAGAACUACAGUUGUGUUUUGCAGUAAAACUGUAACACUUGAUCAACAACAAAUCAAACCAAUCUAGAAUACUUCUCUGAGAUACUUUGAAAGGUUUUUAAAUGUCUGAGCCACAGCUUCUUCAGGUAAGCUAUUUAUUUAUUAUUAGUAAACUUAAGCUGUAGAAUCUGGAGCAAAAAUUUCCAGAAAUUCAAUGAGCAACUUCAAAAUGUUGACUAGAGUUCUUUUUUCAUAGUACCUUUUAAACACAUCCAUUGGCAUGAGCCUGAAUACUAAAAUCUUUACCUUUUCGAGCCACCAGCACACUUGCAACUGUAUCUGGUACACUUGUUCCUGCUGCUAGUAAUGUGAGACCCAUUACUGACUCUGGAAUUCCCAGUGUGUCACCUGCAGUUGAUAAAUAAUGGUAGAAAAUGCAAGUACAUUUUUAGUUUAAGUUUCAUCCAAAGAAAUUACUUUGGACUUUGUUUGCUGGAGGAAGAAUUAGUAAUCAUACUGUAAUUUCAAAAGGAAUCUGUCAGCUAACUUGACUAAAUAUGAAGUGACUGAACCAUGAAGUAGUUA